AUGAAUCCCACUGGUGAUGGAGAGCCCCAGUCCGGAACCACUGACAGUGGCAUUCAAUGGACUCGAGUUACCCCCGAAGAGUCUCUCAGUGUGAAUGCCGGGCCCACCGAUGACAAGAAGCACACAUCACCUCCACCACAACUGGAACACCCAGUGGCGUCCCAGGCACAGCCAGCCAACCGGGUCUCCUGUUACCAGUUCGCCACAACAACAACCACAGGACUCAUCUUCUGUCAGAUCUGUUACCCUGAGGUUGUCCUGGAGGAAGAGACCUUUGAAACUUCAGACUCCUCUGAACCGUGGAAUGUGGCAGCCUUUUUGACAGGAGACUUCUGUCAGUUCCUGGGACUCCUGGAUGAUGAGAAUCCACAGAUGUCAAACACAUAUGAGAUCCACUGUCCUCUGGACCAGAGAGAGGGCGCAAAGGAGGUGCUAGAGAGUUCACCCUGUACCAGCUUGAUUCGACGAUCAUCCACCAAGUUCUACGCUGUGAUCAAUGAUGAGCCGUUGACUUUGGAGACAUGA